AGCGGCGGCUGCCUAGCGCCCGGGCGGCUGCCCCAGCUGGGCAGUGCUGCACCGCGCCGCGCUCCGUGCCUGCGGGGGCCGCUGAGCGCUGGCCGGCGCCGCGGGCGGGAGGUGUGCCGACGGCCGGCCGCAGACAAAGGAGGCGCGGCAGAGCCCGCGCGGACCGGGCGCACCAUGCACUCGGGGUGCGGGCGGCCGGCCGCGGCUCUGGGGACCCGGCCCUAGUCGCCGGCCCCGCCGCCCCGGGGCGCCAUCGGGACGACGCGACCCCGCGCGGCGCGAGGAGGAGCCAUGGGCAAGUGCAGCGGGCGCUGCACGCUCGUCGCCUUCUGCUGCCUGCAGCUGGUGGCUGCACUCCAGCGGCAGAUCUUCGAUUUCCUGGGCUACCAGUGGGCUCCCAUCCUGGCCAACUUCCUGCAUAUCAUGGCUGUCAUCCUGGGCAUCUUUGGCACCGUGCAGUAUCGGUCCCGGUAUCUCAUCCUGUACGCAGCCUGGCUCGUACUCUGGGUUGGUUGGAACGCCUUCAUCAUCUGCUUCUACCUGGAAGUUGGACAGCUAUCCCAGGACCGGGACUUCAUCAUGACCUUCAACACAUCCCUGCAUCGCUCCUGGUGGAUGGAGAAUGGUCCAGGCUGCCUGGUGACUCCUGUUCUGAACUCCCGCCUGGCCCUGGAGGACCACCAUGUCAUCUCGGUCACUGGCUGCCUGCUUGAUUAUCCUUACAUUGAAGCCCUCAGUAGUGCCCUGCAGAUCUUCCUAGCUCUGUUCGGAUUCGUGUUUGCCUGUUAUGUGAGCAAAGUAUUCCUGGAAGAGGAGGACAGCUUUGACUUCAUCGGUGGCUUUGACUCCUAUGGGUACCAGGCGCCGCAGAAGACGUCGCAUUUACAGCUGCAGCCUCUGUACACGUCCGGGUAGCCUCUGUCCCGCACCCACCCGCGUACAGCUUCCUGGACCACUGGAGCCUGAAGCAGCGCUCUCCGGAGGCGCGGAUCACGAUGGGCUGGCGCGCCCCCUGGCGGCGCUUAGGCUUACUGUGGCUUGUGCAGCCUCCUGGAUCUGCAGCCCCUGGAAGCAAAUGCGGACUCAGACUUGAACUUGGACCUGACCCUAACUCUAGCCGGACUUUAGGGUUGGGGCAGGACGGGGCGGGGGGGAGGGGGAAUCACUGGGUUUGUAUUUUUUUUAAUCUCAGCCUUGGUACGUGCCGGGAUCUUCCUCUUUCUUCAGCUCUCUACUCUUUCCCUAGUAUCUUGCCCUCAGUCCAAACAGCAAGACAGACACACUCACCCCAUCUCACCUCUCAUUCAUCUGCCCUGGGGAAAGAUACUGUGGACUAGAAGCAGGAGUCCUAGGCUCCAGCUGCAGCACCGUCACUGACAUCCUGUGUGACAUCGGCCGAGUCUUUGCUCUCUCUCGGGCCUCAGUUUCCCUACAUCAAAUAAUUAAAAUAAUCCCUUAGCCAAUGAUGCUCCUAGCACUCUCUUUUGACUUUCAACUCCCUGGGCUACGCUGAAGAUCUGGAAACUAAGGCCCAGAGAUGUGAGGUGACUUGCUUGAAGCCACACAGUAAGGUUUUAGCAGAGGCAGGCUUUGAAUCUGGUGUACUCUAGUUUGAGACUCUCCAAUCCAACAUCUGGCCUCUGGACUUGGUUUACAAGCCCCUCCUUCUAGCUUGGGCAUUUCCCCACACACUCACAUAUCACCGCCACCACAAACCAGCUCCACUCUUAAAGCAAUAUACCAGUUCGUUCUCUUAGGAACCAGACAGACAGAGCCUAAAGCCUUGAGUUCAGCCUAACCCACAGAAAGCCUUUGUAGACUCAACCUGCUCCCUCUUUGGCAAGCUUUUAAACCUCCUCUUCCAAGAGAGCAGGACCUCCAUUCACCCAUCAGGUUUCUAAGCCUGGGUCCCUAUCCCAUGAUCCUCUCCCCCAAGCAAUCCCAGUAAUCCUCGAUUCUUCCACCUACUUCACCAUCGUGGUCUCAGAGGGAAAGAGGAUAGUGUUCAGAAGCAAGCCUGGGGAUACAAAAGGGCAGAAUGAGGGUGGGUGACCUAUGGCCAGGAGGACCAGAAACCCCCUCCCCCACCCUUCCUGAGGACAAACAGACAGGAGGGCUCUUCAUCUUCUUCCACAGAUGCCCUGAGGACCCCAUGUUCUCAAUAGUGCUUGGUGACUUAUGUACACAGAGAACAGCUAUCGGUGCCUCCCAUCUGUAAAAGCGGGAGCAAUAGGAAAGGCAGCUGAGAAGCAGAGGGACUUGCUCAGGGGAGACAGUUCACAGCACACUGUGGUGAACACGUCACCCUCCCGGCUUUUCUGAGCUAGAACGGCAAACCCACUCCACGACUCCAUCCAGUGUGCCACACAGAACAGCCAGGCUCAGGAGCUCCUGUGACCAUCCCAGGUCCCUGGGUGGUAAGCCUAAUCAGUGAACACGUUUCCUUUAGGCCAGGCUACCUCUGGCCACUGGGCCGCCUCCCACCAGCAACACUCCCUUCUCCCCAUCCCCUCCCACGGGGCUCUUUCUACUCAAGGGUUUAGCCACGGAUGCUUCGAAGCCUUUCGGUUUUAUAAGCUGGGUUUUGCAGGGGGUCUGGGUUUGCUUCUCGUUGAGACCUUGUGGGCUGAGACCUCCCUGGUAUCCAUGCAGGUCGGUUGAUUAAAAAGAACAGAAAUGUGA